AUGACGAUUGAUCACCCUCAAGCAUACGGUUGCGGUCCCGAAGCGCGAACCGGCACGAAACUCGAGAGAGGACCAGGCGGGGAAGAACGCUUCGUCUUCGCCGCAGACCCUCAGACCCUGACUACUCUCUCUUCCUUUGGCAUUCGCUUCUGCCAGCCUGAGUGCACCCCCGCCUGCCUCGAGCCUCAACUCGGGCUUCAAAACGACACCCGGAGACACCUCUCGCUUCAGUGUUCCCGACAUCCCCCUCACCCCGUUCCGUUCCGCUUAACCAACCCUCAACUCAACUCAGCUCAAAUCCAAGUUACCGUCCACCCAGGGUCGCCAGCUGAGGAUUCAACGUUCAACCUUUCCGGUUCACAUCCAUGA